AACCCCAGUCCCCAAUUGAUUUGGAUAAACGACGCUCUACUGUAGUAUUUAAAAAGCUAGAGAUAAGUUACUGUUAUUUAAUACUCAAUGUUGAAAUUAAUUUUCAUUCAUUACUUUACUAUUAUUAAUAAAACUGACUCUCUUGUUCACUUUUCAGUAUUUCAGUUUAGUAGAUUUAAUUAGGAGCAAGCAUUCAAAAUUGAAAUUUAUUUUGAAGCUCUCUUACCUGUUUAAAUUUAUCAGGCACAUUGAAUUUUCUUUAGGAAAAGGCUACAAAGUGGCAACAAAGUGGUGAAAUUGAUGGUUUAACUACAAAUGGUGUUUUAAUAAUGCAUCCUAGAGGUCCUUUCUCUGCUGGGACAGAAGCUGGAAUUUGGAGAGAGAUAUCAGUUGGAGGUGGUGUCUAUUACUUAAGAAUAACCAGAUCUGCUGCUCAGAAAGGUGUAAAAAUUGAAGAAGAUACAAAUAUUUUACAAGAUGGAACUUUAAUUGACCUCUGUGGAGCAACUUUAUUAUGGCGUUCGGCAGAAGGUCUUAGCAGAUCUCCAACAAGGCAACAUCUUGAAGAAAAAUUGGAUGAAUUAAAUGCUGGAAGACCACAAUGUCCAGUUGGACUUAAUACACUGGUUAUACCACGCAAAGGAACGCUUUCAGCAAAUGAAAAGCAACCUUAUGUAUAUUUAAACUGUGGACAUGUGCAAGGUUUACAUGACUGGGGACAAGAGAAGAAUUCUAAUGUUCGUAUUUGCCCCAUAUGUUUAGAGGUUGGACCUAUCGUGAAAUUAUGUAUGGGUAUUGAACCAGCAUUUUAUGUUGAUAUUGGACCUCCAACUUUUGCCUUUAACCCAUGUGGUCAUAUGGCAUCAGAGAAAACAGUAAAGUAA